AUGAGAAACAGUAGCAGCAAUGGACUAGUAAACAUGAAUAAAAGGACCCUCAAUCUGCCUGAGGAAUUGAUAAUUCAGAUAUUGUUGAGGCUGCCAGUAAAGUCCAUUGUGCGUUUCAAAUGCGUUUGUAAGUCAUGGCUUUCACUCAUCUCUGACACCCACUUUGCAGAAUCAAAUUUUAAACUUGCUGCCACCACACCCACCCACAAGCUUUUGUUCAUAGCAAAUUCUGCUCCAGAAACUCGAUCUGUAGACUUAGAUCAUGAUGCACUGUCUCUUAAUUCUUCUGCUUCCACUACAGUAAAACUUAAUUUUCUGCAGCUUCCUCCAUCAUCUUAUUCUAGUCUUGGCAUUGUUGGUUCGUGUAGAGGGUUUCUGCUUCUGAAUUGUAACGCAAAUAUAUUUCUUUGGAAUCCAUCCACCGGUGUUCACAAUCAAAUACCUUGUUCACCUAUUGCAUCCAAUGUGCAUGCCUACCUAUAUGGUUUUGGGUAUGACCCAUCACAAGAUGACUAUUUGGUUGUUCUAGCAUCCUAUGAAAGAAACACAGCUGAUUUGUUAAAACAUUUGGAGUUUUUCUCAUUGAGAGCUAAUGUAUGGAAAGAAAUCGAGGAUACCCAUUAUAUGAAUGCCGGUUUUUAUUGGAACGGAUGUGAUCCUAGAGUUGGGUCGCUCUUGAAUAAUGCUAUUCAUUGGGUGGCUUUUCAUCAUGAUACAGUGCAUGAAUCAAUAGAUUAUGAAUUGUGGGAAUUUAGAGGGCUUCUAAGUCUGUGGGUUCAUCAUGAAGAGGAUGAUACAGUUAAUAUAUGGGUGAUGGAGAGGUACAAAGUUCAGUCAUCUUGGGUUAUUACUCUUGUUGUAUCUUUUAGUGAAAUUCCCACUCAAUACUUUUCCCCAAUAUGCUCUAGGAAAAAUGGUGACAUUGUUGGAACAGAUGGUGAUAAAGGACUGGUGAAGUAUAAUGACAAAGGACAGCUACUAGAGCAUCACUCUUAUGAUGAAUAUCCUUAUGUUUCCCUAGCCAUGUAUACAGAGUCUCUGCUUUCACUCCCUGUUGUUGGUGAUAGAGAACUAGCAAGCUGAAAAUGUGUGACAAGAACAAACAAGAAGAAUGCGGUUGUGUA